AGGAGAUCGAUGCGAUGUCACCAGAGCAGAAGGAGGCCCUUCGGGUGACCGGCACGCAAGACAUCGUGGAGGCCAUCACAGGGAUGACCACGCGGGACGCGUCUACGAUGACGGAUGAUGCGUCCGCCGGCGGUACUAGCGAAUUGUCUGCUCCUGUCACGCAAGAUCAAUUCAAUCAAUGGCAGGAGUGGAUGCUACGAGAAGAAGCUUGUAAGUCCGUAAUGGAAAACAGGAUGGCGAGCACGACCUUAGAGGAUGUGAAACCAGACAUCGGUGGUUUCGUUUCCCCGGGGGGAGAGGGCCUAACCCCAGGGAAGCCGUUCAUCAUCUCGGAUGGGCCGGAGGUGGUCGAGAAAGACCCCACUAAGGCUCAAAAGGCCAUGAUGACGGCGGGACUCGAGAAGUUCGAUGGGUCGGUGUCCUCCGAUUUUUCCAUCUGGGCGGCGAAGUUCGAAAGGGCGGCUACCUUGCGCUUCGUGGAUCGUUCUCUCUUCCACCGUUUAGCCCUACUCCUCUUCUCCAACAAUGCUCUCACUCAGCUUGAGGCCGCUAUGGCCUCUCCUAAUCGCCCCCAUUCUUGGGAAAGGGCCCAACUUAAGGCGCUUAAGCAGCGCCCUAACGAGAACGUCAGCAAGUUCUAUGAUCGCUGGUGCUUGUUCGAGCAAGAUGCUAAGGUAGUUGGGUUGUCCUUUGAGCAUACCACCGACUUUGUGGAACGGUUACAACCAGGUGUUCGUAAUUACAUCCAGGAGAAGAUUGGUGAAGCGAUGGCUCAGUCAAAGACGUAUGACUUUGCCGAAGUUGCCCUGAUGGCUAUUCAUCACCUGUAG